ACACGCACGAUGCGCUCGUUAGGCUGAAAUGCAUGUCUGUUUUGAUGGAUGCGCUCGUGCUCGCGCGUCUCGUCUUCGGUGGCCUGAUGUUUAUGUGUGUGUGUGUGGAUGUUAUUGGUGGAUUUCGUGUCAGAUGCCGACGCGCGUUUAUAAUAGUCGGACCAUAAAAACACACGCGGGCCUGUCGGCCAACCAGCACGAUGGAGACGCGCAUCCGCCCAUGCAUGUGACGCGACCAAUCAUCUGGAGGGGAUUUCGGCUUCCGGGUUGCAGGAACGCGAGCGUGAGGACGGACCGCACGCGCUCGAACGCGGCGUGCAGCAGAAACACUGUUACUGCGGACAGUCAAAGUGUGUGUGUGUGUGAGAGAUCAUGCCUACUGUCAGUCAGAAUGCUCUGUUCGGGAUGGGGAACCCGCUGCUGGACAUCUCCGCCGUGGUGGACAAGGACUUUCUCGAUAAGUAUGGCUUGAAGCCCAAUGAUCAGAUCCUGGCGGAGGAGAAGCACAAAGCUCUGUUUGAUGAGAUUGUGAAGAAGAGUAAAGUGGAGUAUCAUGCUGGAGGAUCCACACAGAACUCUGUCAAAAUCGCUCAGUGGAUGCUCCAGGAGCCUCAGAAGGUGGCCACGUUCUUCGGCUGUAUAGGCACGGAUCACUUCGGCGAGAUUCUGAAGCAGAAAGCGGCCGAAGCUCAUGUUGAUGCUCAUUAUUAUGAGCAGAGUCGAGAACCGACAGGAACGUGUGCGGCCUGCAUUACCGGAGACAACAGGUCUCUGGUUGCAAACCUGGCAGCAGCGAACUGCUAUAAUAAAGAGAAACAUCUGGAUGUCGAUAGCAACUGGAGCCUGGUGGAGAAAGCAAGAGUUUACUACAUCGCAGGUUUUUUCCUGACCGUGUCGCCGGACUCCAUCCUCAAAGUGGCCAAACACGUGUCUGACAACAACAAGGUCUUCGGUCUGAACCUCUCGGCUCCCUUCAUCAGCCAGUUCUUCAAAGAGCCGCUGAUGAAGGUCAUGCCGUACGUGGACAUCGUCUUCGGAAACGAGACGGAAGCUGCCACUUUUGCAAAAGAGCAAGGCUUUGAGACGGAAGACAUCGCUGAGAUCGCGAGGAGGGUUCAGGCUCUGCCCAAAGUCAAUAAGAACCGGCAGAGGAUUGUGGUCUUCACUCAGGGCAGAGAAGACACUGUGGCCACUGUGGGUGAUAAAGUGAAAAUGUUUCCUGUUCUAGACAUCGACCAGAAUGACAUAGUCGACACUAAUGGUGCCGGUGACGCUUUUGUGGGAGGAUUCCUGUCAGAGUUGGUUCAGGAGAAGCCGCUGGAAGAGUGUAUUCGCGCCGGUCACUACGCCGCUAACGUUAUCAUCCGGCGAGUCGGCUGCACUUUCCCCGAGAAACCCGAUUUCCAAUAACUCCCUCACAUAUUUCCCAAUACGCAAUCUUUCCAUAUCACCUUUUUGUUCUGAAAUUCCAGCAACACAACCUGCGUGCCUCUGCAUUCGUUUACACACAUUUCCUGCUAAAACGGGCAUUUAUCAGGAUUGCGACGACCACAUAUGUACACUCCGGUUGAAUUUGUGUUAAAGUAUGGUUUGUCUUUGAUCUGUUUUUAUGCUACAUUGCAAGAACAGCAUUUCUAUAUUUAAUCUAUUAAAGAUCUAUGAUAUAAUUUUAAGUGCAUUUAUAUUUCUCAAAAAUAGUUGUAAAUUAAAGUAACCGGAUUAUAUAAUAGGAUUUUUGCCUGGCAAGUUGAUGUCUUUCAGGUAUAUAUUGUUACUUUCGAAAUACCAAAUUGUAUCUUAAACGCACAAAAGUCUUUAAAUACUCUAAGCUGUAUCCGUAUUUAAGCUGUAUCUGAUGUGGGAAAUAUUUUCCACUUGCUCUUUCUGCUUGUGGAACAGGAUCGUUCAACUGACCAGUUUAAUAAAAAGAUUUUAAUUGUUC